UUUUCUUUUCCAGUCACAAAUAUUUGUUUGAGUGAAAAGGAGAAUGGAGAAUCUAAAUUAAUUAUGUAUUACUUUUACAGACAAUGUAUGCACUGAUACCUAUCGCCUACAUAAUUAUGAUAAUUAUCUUUGUGGCUAACAUGUUGAGAGCUGCGGAGGAAGCCUCGACAGGACUGAGUUUCUAUUUCAUCCCCAACAAAAUUAGUUUCAAAGCAGUUGUCGCGGCAGUAAUUCACUCUCUGUACAUACAAGGUGCCACUUAUGGCAUAAUACUAUUAUACGGCUCACAAAGCGUAUUCCGAUCAAGGAUAGACAUUACUGCAUUACGUAUCUGCGCAAUAACUACCCUUACGUCGCUCUUUACUGGCACUGUGGUUUUUUUAAGAAUGAGGAUGAGAGACCGCGAUUAUUCGCAACAAACUCACCACAAAUUCGUCUACAACACCGAUACCGUGGUAGGUAUGUUUCUCCCUUACAUCUUCUAUUUAUUACGACGUCAAAAUUCAGUUAAAACCUUAAGGCGAUAUGAAAGCCCAUAAAAUUUUAUUUCUUUUUAAUUCGUUUACCAGCGCGUUUUUAAUUUUUUUUAAUAAAAAUGAAAUGUGACUUUCAGCACCUUCCUUAAGACCUCCCUAUUCAAAUGGUAAAACUUCAAACGAUUCAGUUCACCCAUUUUAAAGAAAAGUUUCAUAAACGAUAAACCUUUCCGAUGC